AUGACCGGCUCCGCGGCCGACACUCACCGCUGCCCCCACCCCAAAGGCGCCAAAGGCACCCGGUCCCGGAGCAGCCACGCGCGGCCCGUGAGCCUCGCCACCAGCGGGGGCUCGGAGGAAGAGGACAAAGACGGCGGGGUGCUGUUUCACGUUAACAAGAGCGGCUUUCCCAUCGACAGCCACACCUGGGAGCGCAUGUGGAUGCACGUGGCCAAGGUGCACCCCAAGGGGGGAGAAAUGGUGGGCGCCAUCAGGAACGCCACCUUCUUGGCAAAGCCUUCAGUACCCCAGGUUCCGAACUACAGGCUGUCGAUGACGAUCCCAGACUGGCUCCAGGCAAUCCAGAACUACAUGAAGACACUACAAUACAAUCAUACAGGGACCCAGUUCUUUGAAAUUAGGAAAAUGAGACCGCUGAGUGGGUUAAUGGAAACAGCGAAAGAAAUGACUCGGGAGUCCUUGCCUAUCAAAUGCCUGGAAGCUGUCAUCCUGGGCAUAUACUUAACCAAUGGACAGCCUUCCAUCGAGCGAUUCCCCAUCAGCUUUAAAACCUACUUCUCAGGAAACUACUUUCACCACGUUGUGCUGGGGAUUUAUUGCAAUGGCCACUAUGGCUCACUGGGCAUGAGCCGAAGGGCUGAGCUGAUGGACAAGCCGUUGACCUUUCGGACUCUGAGUGACCUCAUCUUUGACUUUGAAGACUCCUACAAGAAGUACCUGCACACAGUGAAGAAGGUCAAGAUUGGGCUGUAUGUCCCCCAUGAGCCUCAUAGCUUUCAGCCCAUUGAGUGGAAGCAGCUGGUCCUCAAUGUCUCAAAGAUGUUGAGGGCUGACAUAAGGAAGGAGCUGGAGAAAUAUGCCAGGGACAUGAGAAUGAAGAUCCUGAAACCUGCAAGUGCCCAUUCUCCAACCCAAGUGAGAAGCCGGGGGAAGUCCCUGUCCCCCCGAAGGAGACAGGCGAGCCCCCCGAGACGGCUCGGCAGGAGAGACAAGUCGCCUGCACUGCCUGAGAAGAAUGUGGCUGACCUUAGCACGCUGAAUGAGGUGGGCUACCAAAUCCGAAUUUAGGCAAGCCAUAUCAGCCAGUAAGAGGGCUUCCGUGGUGCUUCUCUCUGCACUUUACCCCAGCGUCUUUAGGAGGAACUGCAACUAUUUAUUGAGAACCUGUGGAUUUUAUUUUUAAGGAUUCACUUGGACAUGGAAUCUGAGUGGGUGGUAACAAUUAAUGUUGAAAUUCACCAAGGGGCCACCAGGAAAAGGCCGAAGUAAGAAACCCCAUCGGGGUUGGACUGUCUCCCUCACUACAGAUAGAAAGGGAAAUAUGUAACCGUAGUUUUCUAUCUUCCCAUUGACCUACUUUUUGUCUCCUUGCUUUUGAACAUGAUGCCUCCUCACCAGUAGUAUAUGUUACUGAAACCCUCCCUCCCACUUUUGAUAUAGUAAGGUAACUCAGCCAGUAUUAAUGUCUUUUUUCAGCAAUAACAGAGGCAAAGAUUGGUGGGAUUUUUUUUUAAGCAGUCAAUAUUACCUCAGCAUCUUGACAUCAGAUAUGCAAACUUAAUGGUUUUGUUGUUUUGUUGUUUUUUAUAUAUAUUCUAUUUGUAUUGUUUCCCCAGUAUUUCCAAUGGGGAUCUCCACAAAGUUUGGAAUUUUUUCCUGGUACACACAUAAUGGGAGUUAAGGUAUUAUAUCAAGUGUUUUACUAAAAAGCACUGAAAUUCUGGCAAUACAGGAAACUAUUUUCAGGACCUUGGAGUUACUUCUUUCUUAAUAUUUCUUAAAGCAUUCACUGACAGCGGUUUUUUGUUCUUUCAAAACAAAAAGCAUGAUCAGAAGGUAGUCUGUGUUCUGUCACUAACAUUUAAACUUUGCAAACUCCAGCAAAAAAAGCACAAGAGGUCAUGGCACUGUGACACACAUUUAGCAGUUUUGCAAUUACCUCCGACAAUCACACACUCAGAAAGGCAGAGGCCAGGAAUCAAUCAGCAGAGUCUUGAGAACCAGUUAACCUUUCUGUUUACGUCCAUCUGAUUUUUAAACUCUGAGUCAGGCCUUGAUUCUGAAGGACUCACUGUUGUCAGAGAGGUGUUCUGAUGUCUUAUAUUAAGACCAAAUGUGGCAUGACGUGAUCCCUUUCCAGUCCCUUGCUUUUAAGUACCACUUCAUGACAUUUAGGAACUGAUAUUGGAAAAUGUGAUGAAUUAGAGAAGCAGAACCUUUUCUUAAAUGGAAAAGUCUUCAGGUACAGUGUUCCAUCUUAGAGCGUGAUAGAGUCCGUGAUGGACAGUGUAUCUGUGUAACUUCUGACUGCAGACCGCACAGAGGAACCCUACCCGCCAAGUCUGUAUGUUAUCAACAUCAAGAGCAUGCUUCCGUUUCAUCUAUUGUAGCUCAACGGCCGUGCCAACUCGUGAGACCACCGCGCAGAUGUAAGUGAAGUCUGCUAGUCAACAGAAGUGUUAUCUCAGUUGAGGGCUUCCUCUCUGGCUUUCUGUGCCUGGCUUUCUUUGCCUGAUUUUAGAAAGGGGAAUAGAAAAAUAAUCUGCUCACUGAGAUUCUUUACCAGUAAAACCACUGAAGGUGACUCCAUCCCUCGGCCGUGUGUGCAUGAGCUCACUUUAUGCUAAAACUCAAUGGCAUUAAAAAAAAAACAACAACUCAUGGCAUUCAUAGAAAGUGGUAUUUUCUUGAAAAAGAAGGAAGUUUAGUGUCCUUUACAUGAAAAGGACCAAGUAAGUAUACAUCUCAAUUAGAUUAAAAUACAGAAGUUAAAAAUUCUGAACUUAAUCACUUUAAGAAUAGUAUUCUCAGUUCCAGUUUAAGAUGAGGUAUCUUUGUAUCUCUUCAUAAGGCAAACUCAUUUGCAGCCUCAUGGCCACAUGUACUGAAGUAUUUCAAUUAGUCAAUUCAUUCUCCUUCUAAAACAAUACUGACUUAGCUCUCUCUGUGAAAAACAAGAUAUAUGUAUCUUAUGUUUAUCAAUCUGACACUUUAUUAUCUCUAAUAAGUAUACAACUUCUACCACUGCAAUCAUUCUAAGAGCUUGGAAUAGGAUUUUCCAAGUAUUAUUUAAGUACCGUCCCCUCCAAAAUAUACAAUGUCAUUAGUUGCAUAGCCUCUUGUUUCCCACAAAAAAGGGUAAAAGGAUAGGAACACCAACUGUUCUAAUAUGAUGACUUAUAAGCCUUAAAACCACCAGCUGGUUUGGUGAUUCAAUUAGUAACCUGAUCUUUUUUCCACUCACUUCUUGAGUUUAAGAUUCAGUCCCCCAGAGCCAGGGUUAGUCACAGAAACAUGAAAAGUAAUUUAAAAUGCUCUUAGUUUUCAUUCUAUUUUUAUUGCCUAUGGAAUUAUGUUGAUUUCUGAAAGAUGUGAGAAAGGCACCAAACUCUUAAAUUCUAGCGCAGGAAUUUAGUUAAAAUGAUAUUAAGGCAAAAACAAAACAAAACCAUGACAUGAUUUACCCCCCUCCCCAAAAUUGAUUUUAAAACUGGCUAUUAUUCAAAAGAUAAAAAAUAAAACUAUGAGAUGAUUUGAGUCUAGUUUUUAAAGUUAUAAAUGCAAGAGAAAUUUUAUGCUUAAGCCAUUAUGGGGAUAUAUGCAAAGUUUAAAUGGAUGACAGAAAUCUUGAUUUUAGACUCCAUGUUGUGCUGUUUUGAGUAUACUUUAUUUCAGAAAGUGAUAUUUAGUAUUUUCUAUACACUUUGAAAUCAUGAGCAUUUCACUUUUUCUAAGUCAAUUAUUUCAUAAGGAUUUUAUUAAUAGAUAUUGGUAAAUAGAACUUUGGAAAUCUUAAUUCUGUAUUCUUACUAUACCCAAGGCUUUUGUAAGCUAUAGUUUUAUGUACAACCUUGUACAGUUUUUUUGACACACAAUUCAGAAUCUUGUUUAUUCUCUUGGACUUUGUUCUGGCCAAUACAUUUUUUUUAAAUCUUUAAGGAAAACUGUGAUUGUUUUAGUGGGUAUUUUUCUAAGUAAAGGAAAACUUGUAUAAUGGUAUUUUAGAGAAUGCCAGAUAAGUGCAUGUUUCAAGUUAAUGUUUUUCUCAUCACUUGUAUGUUUAUACACAGCAUGGGACUUUAAUAAAACCAUCCUGGAAACUAAA